AGGCAACUCUUUGUUCGGCCCGCCUUCCUGCCUCAACUCUUCCUGGGUCUUCUUCACGGCGGCUGUCAAAACUUAGUUGCCGCGACCCAGGAAAGGAUGAGUGGGGUUCCGUGUACCUCGUUACCUGCCGGAGCUGACUGAGUGACGCGUGAACGUGCAGACGCUCCAGUGGCAGCGUACACGGGAGUUGCUGUAGUUCUCCCCGCGGAGGAGGAGGACCGUGCCCACACUGGCCGGACGAACCGCCAAUUUGACGUCGAGCGAAGAUGACCACGACAAGCUUUGGUUUCUGCGAGACUGAUUCAGGAGCAGCGGCGAAUUAGCUCAAGAGCUAGGAGGCUAACAGACCCCCCCCUCCCCACCGGCUAACCAGCUAGCUGUUAGCAUCGAGCGGCGACUUUGACAAGCCCGCAGAAGUUUGACCACCCACGGCUGAGAGUGUUCCGACCUCCAUCAUGGAGAACAAAGAUAAAGUUCAGAUGAGGAAUCAUCCUCGCAGACAGCUGAAGAAGCUGAGUGAGGACAGUCUCACCAAGCAGCCAGAAGAAGUCUUCGAUGUCCUGGAGAAGCUUGGUGAAGGAUCAUAUGGUUGCGUGUUCAAAGCCCACUUCAAGGAGACCGGAGAGAUUGUAGCCAUCAAGCAGGUUCCCGUGGAAUCUGACCUCCAGGAGAUCAUCAAGGAGAUCUCCAUCAUGCAGCAGUGCAACAGUCCUCACGUGGUACGUUAUUAUGGCAGCUACUUCAAAAACAGCGACCUGUGGAUUGUCAUGGAAUACUGCGGCGCCGGAUCAGUGUCGGACAUCAUCAGGAUACGCAACAAGACGCUGACGGAGGAGGAAAUUGCCACCAUCCUGCAGUCGACCCUCAAGGGUCUGGAGUAUCUUCACUUCAUGAGGAAGAUCCACAGAGACAUCAAAGCUGGAAACAUCCUGCUGAACUCUGAUGGUCAAGCCAAGCUGGCUGACUUCGGAGUGGCUGGUCAGCUGACGGACACCAUGGCCAAGAGGAACACUGUGAUAGGAACGCCGUUCUGGAUGGCGCCUGAGGUGAUACAGGAGAUUGGCUACAACUGUGUGGCUGACAUCUGGUCUCUGGGAAUUACAGCAAUUGAGAUGGCUGAAGGGAAGCCGCCCUAUGCUGACAUCCAUCCCAUGAGGGCCAUCUUCAUGAUUCCCACCAACCCACCUCCAACAUUCCGGAACCCAGACCAAUGGUCCCCGCACUUCCAGGACUUUGUCAGCCAGUGUUUGGUCAAGAACCCUGAGACCAGGGCAACGGCCACCCAGCUGUUGCAGCAUCCGUUCAUCAAGACGGCCAAACCCAGCUCCAUCCUGCGUGUCCUGAUCACAGACGCCAUGGAGAUCAAGCUGAAGCGGCAGGAGGAGGCGGAGCAACGGGAACAGGACCAAGAGGAUGACGACAACUCGGAUGAAGACGAGGUGGACCAGGGCACCAUGGUGCGGGCUGGGACGGGAGACUCUGGUACUAUCCGUGCGAGUGGGUCGAUAGCGGGCACGGCACGGACCAUGAUUGAGCACGAGGACACAGGAACCAUGCAAUCGCAGCUGGGAACCAUGGUCAUUAACUCGGACGAGGAGGAUGAGGAGGAGGCUGGAACCAUGAAGAGGAGAGACGAGACCUUGCAGCCGGUGAAGCCCUCCUUCCUGGAGUACUUUGAGCAGAAGGAGAAGGAGGCCAACAGCCACAGUGAUGGCGGUGAGAAAGUUGACAACCGGCGCAUCCCAGCUGAGGCAGAUCUGGACGUGGUGAGCUCGUGGACCGUGGAGGAGCUGCGCCUGCGUCUGACCUCGCUGGACCCUCAGAUGGAGCAGGAGAUCGAGGAGAUCCGGCAGCGAUACCAGGCCAAGAGGCAGCCCAUCCUGGACGCUAUCGAGGCCAAGAAACGCCGCCAACAGAACUUCUGAGAGCAGACCUGCUGGGAACCACCGGACCACAGCGGGUGCUCGGACAAUAUCUCUCUGGCUAUGAAAGUUAUGGACAUCCGGGUCUGUCCGAGAACCUGCAUCUUCACCUGCUGCCCUGGACCCUCUCUCUUUCCCUUUGGUACGACCUCCUCAGCCUGCUGAACCUUCUGAAACCUUCUCCUCACUGCUGCUGUUGACCUGCCUGGUUCAGAGGACCAGGACUUGUUGAACCAGGACAUUUCUCCUCAAACAACUCUGGAGACUUGAAUCUAAGAUCUGAGAGCUCAGAUAUGAUUCUCUUUCUGACAUACAAACCUCCAGGUGAGUGAGUGGAGACUCCAACUGUCAAUCAUCUGUCUACCAUAGCCCUGAUGGUUGGUACUGCGUUGGGCGUCUGUCGCUCUACAUGACACCUCCAGUUCUGUUUUCAUCAGAUGCACAAAUGGAUGUUGGUGUGCGAUGGCCGUGUCCAGAAGACCGAUCGAUCGAAUCUCCAACUUCCUGUUACAGUUUUUUUACUUUGUUGUUUUACGACCUGACGAUAUUCCACCCUUUUUUUACGAAGAGAAAGCAAUUUCUAUUUUUCUACUCAGCCUCGUUGUCCGGCUCAUCUCAGGUGCUUGCCGUCCUCAGGUAUGUAAAUAGUUGCUGCAGAUCGGAGUUCGCUAUAUCUGGCCGGCGUGAUCAUCUCCAGAGUUGGAGGUCUUCUGCCGCAGCAAGAUUCUGCUGUGAAGAGAAACUCUCCAAAUUUUCUGUUGAAUGUUGUCGAAUACACUGAAGACGCUGAAUGUGGACUUCAGCGACGAGUUUACCUGAAUUUUUAACAAAGAAUUAAAAAUAUUCAAAGUUCAAAGGCCUAAAAAAUGUCAUAAUCUUCAGUCUCAGUUGAGAAUGUUGUGAAGUCAGACACAUGCAACAAAAUUAAAAUGUUGAGUCAGCAAAACAGCAGUCACUUUCUUUUUCUCUGUACAUGUCAAAUUUCUUAGCUUUUAUUUCUGUGUCAAUAAAUAACA